AUGGUGACCGUAAGGGGAGCCCCUGAGCCAUACUCCAGUUUCCCAAUGUCAGUAAACACGGGAGCAUGGGAUGAAUGUGUCCAGAUAUGUUUCUUGAAAUACAGUUGUUUUUUGGCUUAUUCGAAUAGUUCAUUGAUGUGUGUACUGUAUGGAGCAGGAGAUGUUAGAAAGAUAAGGAAUGAUCAAGAGGAGUCAGAAACUCUAGAGAAGGUUUCUUUCAAGAUCGAAACUACUAACAAGUGUUCAAGUGAUCCAUCUGGAAUGUUUGAUGGGAUGUUAUCUAGUUUCAAGAAUUCUAAAUUUAAUACUGCUGAAAUUAUCACAUCAGAAAAUUACUAUGAAGUUAAAAUUAUUUCCGAGAACAUAACCGACUGUGGGAUGCAAAUUAGACCUGAAAUUGAUUUUUCGGUUUCAAUUCUUGGGCUCUUCAUGUUCAUAUUGGUGAUUUUGUUGCAACAGGAUACAUCAUCAUUUCCCCGGCAUCGUCAUUUCCCCGGCAAAAAAGACUGA